UUUAAAAACAGUCUGUUUUGGCAACUGCUUGUGGAAGUAUCGAAAAGUAUUGCGAAUUUGUUCACACAUACACUUUUAAUAAGUUUAUUCAAAAUAUUUGUAUUUGCGCAUCGAAUUUAUUCUGAUCUGUUACGAUGUACGGCCGAAUAGCCUUAAUUUUAUUAUUCAGCGCAACAACAAUUAGUGCGCGUAGUAUUGAAGGACUCGGAUGCAGGGAAUAUCCCGUAGUUACCGGUGAUCCAUUCACACCACUGCGCACUGUACGAGUAUGUGGAUCAAUGCAAGAGUAUGAGGCAGCGCCGAACUAUUUCCCAACGCCAUUUGAAGGCCAAGUGCGACGUUCGUUACCCUCGGACACUUUAUAUGGGCGAGAUUCUAUUUGGACAAGACCGGCGUUUCAGCAAUCGCCGAUAAGAUGGCCGUCACCAUCUCAAUCGUACAAUAACGAUAGAGAACAAUUUCCUCAACCUGUCACACAACUGAUGCAACUAUUUCCUCAUGCUCUCGAGACAUUCAAGAAAAACGAUUGGAAUUCAAACAAUCCUUCGAUUAAUAACAACGAGCUCAACUCACGCAAUCAAAUGGAAGUGGAUCACUUGUUACAAAAGCAGAUGAACUUCAUUGUGGAUGAUGUUUCUGAAGUCAAGGAUUCUGUCAAAAAUCUGGUGGCAUAUCUUAAAGAUAUUCUCGACACUUUACAUAUGCAGAAUGAGCUUAGGAGAAACGAAGAAAAUAUUAAUGUCAAUUUGAAGCUAGAUCCCUCCCUCGAGGCUUUAUUAAAACACUUUCUUCAGCUAAUAGAGACGAGUACAUCAAAGGAAGAACUGCAAAUUAUAUCAAAUGGUAUUGAGGAAGCAGAUGAUAAUCAUGAAGAUACAGAAGAUUCUUACUUACCAGAAGCUUCAACCGAAGAUAGUUCGGAAGAAAAGAUUACGGAAGCGCCAAGUAAUACUGAAGAGAACUCGACCGAACGGGAUGUUGAAGAAGAUCAGAUAAUUACUGAAGGAAAUUCUUUAGAGGAUGUAAAUAAUUGGAUUCGUUUUUAUUUCGGACCACCACUACAGUUGCAUAAAAAUGAAGAAGAAAUAGAAGACCUUUUGCACAAGUCAAGCGAAGAGGAUAAUACUGCAGAAAAAUCUGAUGAAAGCUUUGAGUCUUGGUUCAAUGCCGUUUACGGUAGAGUUUCAGAGAGCAAGGAGAAUGAAUCAAAUGAAAGCAGUGAAAAUUCUAAAGAGCAUAGUACAACAAAGGCAUAUGAAGAUGAUACUAGUAACCCUUUCAUAGCAACUGAAGAAAGCAUUGAAGAUACAGACGACAACGACGAAAACUUGGAUUACGAUACUUAUUUUGUUCCAACAACCAUGGCUCCCAUCCAAGAAGAGACAACGGCUGAGUACCUGGAAAAUGGAGGUCGGUAUGGCUAUACAACGGAAAGUAAUUCCAAUGUUGACUUUAUAAAAUCGAAAGAAUUCAAUUUGGAUAGCUGCUUUGAAAUAGCACUGUCGCUUCCAAACUUUGGUAACGCAGAAGUACUUCAUAAGUAUAAUCAAUGCAUACAAGCUUUAUACUUAAGUGCCCCUGACGAAUCCAAGGAAACUGAAGAACUGAAACGGGAAGCCGAUUCUGCUUCUAAAGGAUCUAAUGAAUCCGAGGAAAGUAAAGAAACUGAAUCCUCUGUUAAGGGCUCUGAUGAAUCCAAGGAAAGUAAAGAAACUGAAUUCGCUGUUACGAGCUCUGACGAAUCCAAGGAAAGUAAUGAAACUGAAUCCGCUGUUACGAGCUCUGAUGAAUCCAAGGAAAGUAAUGAAACUGAAUCCACUGUGACGGACUCCGAUGAAUCCAAGGAAAGUAAUGAAACUGAAUCCGCUGUGACGGAAUCCGAUGAAUCCAAGGAAAGUAAUGAAACCGAAUCCGCUGUUACGAGCUCUGAUGAAUCCAAGGAAAGUGGAGAAAAUGAAUCCGCUGUUACGGACUCUAAUGAAUCCAAGAAAAGUUUUGAAACCAAUUAUGACGAAUUUUACGGUCCGUGGGUUUAUGUAUAGAUAAUGUUAUGUGCGAAAAUAUGUAUCUACAUGUCCAAAAAAGCGAGCCCGAUACAAGGCCCAUUGAACAAGCAGUACAGUAGAGCAGCUGACUUGAUUCUUUUCAAUUUAUUUGGUCUCUCAAAAAUUUCAUAUUGUUGUAAAAUUAUUCUAAAAUGUUAAUUUUUGUUUCAAGAUUUGAAUUAUGUGAAAUUUUAGACAGCAAACGCAAACAUGAAAUACAUUGAUUUUGUUGUUUUUGCUGUACUACUACCGGUUCAAUGUGCCUUGUGUCGUAUACAAAAUUUUAAUUUUUAUUUUGUCACUCUCUAAGAUAAGUAAUCUAAUAUUCUUAUGAUAAAUUGUAUGUUUGGGAAAUAAAAUAUUUAUUAGUUAAAAAAAUUA